CAAAGGUCUCUGGAAAUUGCCAUAUAGGCCUUCCGAUGAACCGUUUACACUAAGUCCAUUUACACAAGUCCAGGCCAUCGCCAACCAAACAAUGGCCUCUACCCUUCUCGAAUCCCGCCGCUUGGUGGCUGAGAUGGAGCGGUCAUUGGUCGAAGAGCGCGCACUACGGUUUCAGGUAUAAUUUUCACAGUGAUCAUUUAAUAAAUAAGAAUCAUAGUCGUCUUGUUUCGUUUCACCCCAUGCAUGGUAUUGCUAUAAUGAACUGACUCCAGGAUUCUUCUACACACUCACUCGAGACAUUCUACACACUCACUCGAGACAUUCUACACACUCACUCGAGACUGAGACAGAGGCAAAAUAUAAGUAGAGGUAGAUUCAUUGGCUUCAUCAUUGGCUGCAAUUUCAGCAGCUUACUUAAAUGAGAUCCACGAAUAUUGCGCCGCCAACGAUGAAACCAGGCCCAAGAGCGUCUCCUCGAGAGGGAAGCGAUUCUAGAAGAGGAUUUGACGCUGUUCAAGGACGUCCAGCAAGAGGCUCGACUGGACAGGGAACUUCGGCAACAACUGGAGGAUCGCAUCUCGAUUCUAGCAACACUGGGAGACAGAGCAGAGACGGCGAGGCAGAGAGCGAUCCGAUCAGUUUUGGGCGUGCAGAACACGGCAACCGAUCUCGAUUACUACCUCGGAGGAACGGUGAAGAUCAAGAACGUCAAUGCGGGAGCUGGUGGAGGUCCUCUGGGUGCUCCUGCAGGAGGUCGAGACGCGGCUUCAGGAGAUAUUACCUCGAACAAUCGAGCAGGUAAUAGUUCCGGUUCUUCGGGAGCUCAUCUUAAGGCUACCGCUGGACCAUCCUCGACAUCAUCCUUGGCCCAUUUUUCAAGAAGAAAAAGGGACCAGGGAGGUUCUCGGGGUUGCGAGCGCGGUAGCUCUAAUCAUCAUCAUCAGUUGCAUCCAAACAACUCCAAAAGUGCUGCCAUUGGCCUCGCAGAAGGAGCUUCAGCUUUGAUUUUAACGCCUCUGGAACGACUAGAGAGGAGUUUGAUGAACGCAGAGCAAUCCUUCCAACGUCUCAGCGACGUGAACAUCUUGCGGAGAAACAAGAUCAUCGAGUUAGAAUUGAAAAAAAUGCGGAAAGAAGGCAAGAAGCUGCUGAAGACGUCGCAGGCACUGAUGGGCAGCGUCAACGAUCUUGGACGUGCACUAGUUGAGGAGAAGAGAACCCCUUCGGUGCGAGUAGUGGGGAAGAGACCAUUGUGGGAAGGCGAAUUCGCGCAGUUGAACGGCACAUUGCAGAAUUUUUCUUCUGCGCUGUCGUUGUUCGCAGAGAGCUUGCAUUUCAGCGAGAAAAUGACGGAUAGAGUGGAGUUGGAUAGAUAUGGAAGAUUUGGUCUUGGCGUUGGAACAAUUGGAUUUAGCUCUCAUCGACCUGACCUUGACACUCUCACCCGUAGUUGGAGGCAAUUUCAUCUACAGUUCUAGCCGAUAUGAAUCAUACACUUUAUUCUCUCCUUCUCCACUCUUUCUCCUCCUCUCUCCUCCUCCUCUCUCCUCCUCCUCUAACCUCUGGAGAAAGUGAUCGCCGCGAGCUCAGCUACUGGCGUUGCAAGUCUAGCUUCCCUUCGUUCCGAGGUCGGCAUCAAUAUCUCAACGCAUCAAGCGCAUCGAAAAGCAGGAGAGGUUUUGAAAGAGCCUGACCCGAGUCGAGGCACCUACAGUAAAAACGUGAAUGCUUGGGGUAGUCCAACGAAAAAGGGAUCAAUCUCAAUGUCGAGUUCUAGCGCGGCUGCUGCUUUCAUACGAGGUAGUGCAGCUGGACAAGGUCAUUUUAGUGGAUCUGGAGGUGGAAGAAGUGGAAGCACAACUACAACCAGAACGUUUUCUUCAUCACAUUACGGCUUACCGUUUUCUUCAUCACAUACACAUUAUGGCUUUUAAUUAUUACCGUAGUCCUCCAUGUUCAUCUGAAGCAUUCUGAAGAGGCUUUAUGUCAACGGUAAAAGAGAAGCAGGAUGGUUCAUCUCAGAAUGGAUCAUUAGGGUGAGGUCUAAUCACAACAAAUAAGUCAAGAUCCAGCAGCUGUACCAGGAGGUACUAAGCCCAGAGCCAUUCAUGCUGGUGGUGGCCGAAGUUUGAACACAAGAGGUGGCGGUGAUAGGAAUAACAAACCCGUAGGCCAUCUAGUCUUGGAUUCCCAAGAUUCACACCGCGUGCAACAAACAAGCACGCUGGGCUGUGCACAGACGUCCAACCACAGUUCAAGGAGUAAAGACAGUUAAGGCUGUUUCCCCGAAUCCAUCUUCAGUAGGUCUCCAAGGGUACUAAAAGGCGCCAAGGAGGCAUCGCGAGGAGAUGGAUUAGGGUGAGCUCUAAGGCAUUCAUAAAAGCGGCGGAGGUGGGAAUGGAAUUCGUACUCCUAGUGGGCCUGUACUGGGAUACGAUGAGGGAGUUGCUGUAGACGUCGAUGAAAGAGCAGAGCAACUUCUGCAUGGACAACAAGAUAGAAAAAUACAACAUGAUCAUCGCUUUGUAACAGGACAUACUGGAGAUAGUGAUGAGCCAAGUCCCGCUCCAGGUACAGGAUCUGGUAAUACGGCCGCAACUUCCACCUCAGUAGGAGGAGUCCUGUACUACCAAGAUAUCCGAAACGAGGAUGACGUCUUAGAAGCCGCCGCUCAAGUGCGGUCGCAACUUCUUCAACAAAAGGGCAACUACAACAAGAACAAAAUUCCUGGCGGGUCGUCUUUGAGCUACUCUGCAACGGCGUCUGGGACUGGGAGUUCUGCUUCGGCGAGUAUUGUCGAGCUACCACCACCCACAGCAGCACCAACAACGUUUAUCUCCCGCGCCUUUGACCCGAGGGGGGCUUUUGCCUCACUAGACGUACUGGGAGGCAGUGUAAACGAACAGACCACAGGUAAUUCUAGUGCUUCUGUCGUGCAGACAGCCAGUGGCCAAUAUAAUGGACAAGGACCACAGUAUCAGCCGACUUCGGCAGGUCUAACUACCACAUCGACGCUUAUGAAAGGAUCGCGGUCGUUUGAUGAACGUAUUCAGAAGCUACUCAGUGAAGUGGAGAGCGAUAUAGGAGGACGUGGUUUGGCAUAUGCGAAUAGCGCCGAAAUACUAGAAGAGAGCAAGAACCCUUUCAGUAGAUUUUAGAAGAUUAUGUUGAUGUUCUUCUUUGACCUACGUCAGUUUCAGUCCUGACUUCUGGUGAGUAGUAUUGGCAUGCAUUUGAAUGGCAAUGUUGUUGAGUGGAUUCUCUUCCGUUAAAUACCCGUAGCGUUUCUACAUUAUAUUUUCAACAGACUUGACGAAGUCGAAGACGAUGACGAUUACAUUGAUGUUGUAGAUUAGAAGCACUCAAUUCUUGUAGUAGGGCAACAGCGCAAACAGUUUAGCUCGGUCAGUCUUUUUUUGAAAAUUUCAGGGAAAAUGAAAAGAAGAUAAACCGAUUUAAUAUUCUCGUUGAACAAUUGUGGCUGGAUGCCGAGGAUAUCCCACGUGGAGUGUCGCUCUCUGUAAAAAAACCCUUUGUAAACCUAAACGCCUUCGCUUCUGCUUCGUGGAUAAUCGCAAGACAAAAGGAACUUAGGAGCUCGAUUCGUAAAACAAAGAACGCAAAAUCAUAACGCUCGUCGCUCGGAUGCUAUCGAAUAGCGAGCUCGAUUCGUAAAACAAAAAAGAGCUCGAAAGUGAUCGUCGUCCUCACUUGAACCACCGAACGUUUCUCACUUAGAAGAAGACCCCCCUCUAAAAAGAAUCAGAGAACAAACUGAAACACCA